CAGACCUCAAAGGGAAGACUGUAGCGGUGACCAGUAACCGUGGUCCAGGCAGGGUGGUCCAGAGGCCUGGUGUUGACCGCCAGCCGGAGCUGCAGUACUACCAGAAGAAAUACUCCUAUCCAGCUGUGUCAGAGAGGAAAUAUGGGGACCUGGAGGAAAUGACAUCAUCAGAGACGGAGAGUCACAUCUCCCACGGCAACAGUGUUGACCAGGAUACUGCUGCCCUCUCGAUGGCUGAGAUCGCCUCCUGUAGCUAUGAGGCCAGGCAGGCAGGGGUGAGGAACGGGAUGUUUUUUGGCCAGGCCAAGCAGCUGUGUCCCUCCCUGCAGUCUGUCCCUUAUGACUUCCAGGCCUACAAGGAGGUGGCCCUGGCCAUGUACGAGACCCUCGCCAGUUAUUCUCACGACAUCGAGGCCCUGAGUUGUGAUGAGGCGUUGGUGGAUAGCUCCGCCCUGCUGGCUGAGUUGAGUGUUACACCAGACGAGCUGGCCAGUGCCAUCCGGGCAGACGUCAGGGAGAGGACUGGGUGCUCCGCCUCAGUGGGCAUGGGGUCCAACAUCCUGUUGGCGAGGAUGGCUACCCGAAAGGCUAAGCCCAACGGACAGUACCUCCUGAGGUCAGAGGAAGUGGAUGACUUCAUCAGGGACCAGACAGUGACCAGCCUACCAGGUGUGGGCCGUUCUAUGGGUGGUAAGCUGGCAUCUCUGGGUGUGAGGUCUUGUGGGGACCUGCAGCAGGUGUCUCUGCAGCAGCUACAGAAGGAGUUUGGCCCGCGCACCGGUCAGACCCUCUUCAGGUUCUGCCGAGGUCUGGACGACCGGCCCGUCCGCAGCGAGAAGGAGAGGAAGUCUGUCUCGGCCGAGAUGAACUACAACAUCCGCUUCACACAGGUGGACGAGGUGGAGUCGUUCCUGACCAACCUGGCCAUGGAGGUGCAGAAGCGUCUGCAGGGGGCGGGGCUUAGGGGUCGCAGGGUGACCCUGAAAGUCAUGGUCCGUAAGGCAGCGGCCCCGGUGGAGCCAUCCAAGUACGGUGGUCAUGGCAUCUGUGACAAUCUGGCCAGGUCAGUGACCCUGGCACAGCUUACAGACAGUGGUCAUCUGAUAGCCAGUGAGGUCAUCAAGCUGUUCCACACAAUGAGGCUGGAGGUGCAGGACCUGAGGGGGGUGGGCCUCCAGGUGCAGCUCCUUGAGGGGGCCCGCUCCACCCCCCAGGACCCCUCGGGCCCUAGAACGCGCUCCGUCAGAGACAUGCUGCUGGCUGAGUGCCCCCCUGCCCAACAUAACCACACAGAUUCGCUACUUAAUACCCCCAUUACUGACACAUGCAUCAGUCAAGAAAAUAGUUCCUCUGCCAGAGUCCUGCCCUCCUUCUCCACUCCCUGCCCUACAUCGCCUGCUGAGCCAAUCCCAGGGACGAGUAAAGGAGAGCCGCCACCCACUACACACACACCUAACCAUGUUGGUACAUGCCUAAGCCUCAGCAUCGAGGUCCCCCCUCCCUCCCAGGUGGACCGGUCAGUGUUGGAGGCCUUGCCUGCAGAGUUGAGAGAACAGGUGGAGCGCUCCUGGACCCACAGAGACACAGAGAGAACCCACAACAGGUCACACCACCACCCCCUUAGCCCCUCUUCUCCUCUCUCUCCCCGUUCAUCUUCCCCUCUACCCUCCUCUCCUCCUCCCCCCGCUGCCCCUCCUGUAGGAACACUGGUGCUUCAGAUCCCCAACCAGCCUGGACAGACCGGCUCCACAGGCAUCAUACUGGAACUGCCUGACUUCUCCCAGGUUGACCCAGAGGUGUUUGCAGCACUCCCCAGAGAGCUCCAAGAGGAGCUGCAUUCAGCGUACGGCCGCAGAGAGAACGCCCAGGCCCAGGGAAUCAUGGCAGAUCAGAGGAACCCCCUGUUGCAUCUGAAGCAGGUGGGGGUGGGUCGGAUGAAGCGCCGCUACAAGAAGAAUGCCAACGCCAGCCCUGCCAAGAAAGGCCCCUCCCCUCUAAAGAGGCCCCGCCCACCAGGAAACAGCCCGGCCAAAGCCCUACCACACGCACUCAGAUCCAGGGACGUACCCAAUGGCCUCAAGCUGGAGAAUGGACCUUCCACCUCCUCUCUAAAGCAGGACGACCCAGAGACUCUGUCCAAGUUCACCCCUCGCCCUGAACCCACCCUGGCUGGAGCCUGUGAUUUUACGGACAUCCGAACACUCCUCAGAGAAUGGGUCACUACCAUCUCAGACCCCAUGGAGGAGGACAUUCUGCAGGUAGUCAAGUACUGCACUGAUCUGAUCGACGACAAAGACCUAGAGAAACUUGACCUGAUCAUCAAGUAUAUGAAGAGGUUGAUGCAGCAGUCUGUGGAGUCUGUAUGGAGCAUGGCCUUUGACUUCAUCCUGGACAACGUGCAGAUGGUGGUACAGCAGACUUACGGCAGCACACUGAAGAUCACAUAGGAGAGGGCACCACUCUGAAGAUCACAUAGGAGAGGGCACCACUCUGAAGAUCACAUAGGAGAGGGAAGCACUCUGAAGAUCACAUAGGAGAGGGCAGCACUCUGAAGUUCACAUAGGAGAGGGCAGCACUCUGAAGAUCACGUAGGAGAGGGCAGCACUCUGAAGAUCACAUAGGAGAGGGCACCACUCUGAAGAUCACAUAGGAGAGGGCACCACUCUGAAAAUCACAUAGGAGAGGGAAGCACUCUGAAGAUCACAUAGGAGAGGGCAGCACUCUGAAGUUCACAUAGGAGAGGGCAGCACUCUGAAGUUCACAUAGGAGAGGGCACCACUCUGAAGAUCACAUAGGAGAGGGCAGCACUCUGAAGAUCACAUAGGAGAGGGCAGCACUCUGAAGAUCAUAGGAGAGGGCAGCACUCUGAAAAUCACAUAGGAGAGGGCAGCACUCUGAAGAUCAUAGGAGAGGGCAGCACUCUGAAGAUCACGUAGGAGAGGGCACCACUCUGAAGAUCACAUAGGAGAGGGCAGCACUCUGAAGAUUACAUAGGAGAGGGCAGCACUCUGAAGAUCAUAGGAGAGGGCAGCACUCUGAAAAUCACGUAGGAGAGGGCACCACUCUGAAGAUCACGUAGGAGAGGGCACCACUCUGAAGAUCACGUAGGAGAGGGCACCACUCUGAAGAUCACGUAGGAGAGGGCACCACUCUGAAGAUCACGUAGGAGAGGGCAGCACUCUGAAGAUCACAUAGGAGAGGGCAGCACUCUGAAGAUCACAUAGGAGAGGGCAGCACUCUGAAGAUCACGUAGGAGAGGGCAGCACUCUGAAGAUCACGUAGGAGAGGGCAGCACUCUGAAGAUCACGUAGGAGAGGGCACCACUCUGAAGAUCACGUAGGAGAGGGCAGCACUCUGAAGAUCACGUAGGAGAGGGCAGCACUCUGAAGAUCACGUAGGAGAGGGCAGCACUCUGAAGAUCACGUAGGAGAGGGCAGCACUCUGAAGAUCACAUUGGAAAGGGCAGCACUCUGAAGGUCACAUAGGAGAGGGCACCACUCUGAAGAUCACAUAGGAGAGGGCAGCACUCUGAAGAUCACGUAGGAGAGGGCAGCACUCUGAAGAUCACGUAGGAGAGGGCAGCACUCUGAAGAUCACGUAGGAGAGGGCACCACUCUGAAGAUCACGUAGGAGAGGGCAGCACUCUGAAGAUCACAUAGGAGAGGGCAGCACUCUGAAGAUCACAUAGGAGAGGGCAGCACUCUGAAGAUCACGUAGGAGAGGGCAGCACUCUGAAGAUCACGUAGGAGAGGGCAGCACUCUGAAGAUCACGUAGGAGAGGGCACCACUCUGAAGAUCACGUAGGAGAGGGCAGCACUCUGAAGAUCACGUAGGAGAGGGCAGCACUCUGAAGAUCACGUAGGAGAGGGCAGCACUCUGAAGAUCACGUAGGAGAGGGCACCACUCUGAA